GAAAAGAAAUGAAAGAGUUUUGAUGGAGGAAACUCCUGAUGUUCUGUGGAUCGGCGCCCUCUGCUGGAAACUCACUAAACUAACAGGAAGACUGGACGCACCGUCCACUUUAUUAGGUCCAGGUCCAAAGCCCUAAGCCUGCUGUGUUCUGGUUGAGCAGCAGAGGGCGCUGCAGCAGCUUCCAGACGGACUCGGAGCCUCCUGGAUGCUGCGGCUCUGCGGCGGCUCUCUGCGGCGUCGCCAUGGGAACGCUGCUCUCUCUGCCUCCCGGCUGCCGAUCCGCCGCGGCGGCUUUGAAGGAGCUGCCGGAGGUUCCUGAGGAGGAGGAGGAGAAGAAGAGGCGCUCUGUGCUGCUGCAGGCGCUGCGCUGCAGGAAGCGGCUGGCGGCGCUGGGCUCCAGGGGGAAGUCGGCCCCCGAGGGCCCCAAGGUCAGAGCGCGGCCCCGGCAGGAGGAGCAGAUGUGCAUCAGGAGGCUGGUGGUUCAGGCCUCCACAGGCGAGCUUCUUCACUGUCUGUCCGACUUCCUGCGCCGGCGCUGCGUCAAGCUGAAGGAGUUCCCGUCCAAUCGGAUCGUCGUCUGGCUCAGGAACGUUGAGCGAGCGCUGCUGCUGCAGGGCUGGCAGCAUCAGGGCUUCCUCAGCCCGGCCAGCCUCGUCUUCGUCUACCUGCUCUGCAGAGACGCGGUGGACGAGGACACGGCCUCGGAGCAGGAGCUCCACGCCACCUUCCUCACCUGUCUCUACCUGGCCUACUGUUACCUGGGCAACGAGAUCUCCUACCCCAUGAAGCCGUUCCUGGUGGAGUCGAGCCGCGACGUCUUCUGGGAGCGAGCGCUGGAGGUCAUCGAGCGUCGGAGCGCCGACAUGCUGCGCCUCAACGCCGAGCCGCGAUUCUUCACCGAGGUUUUCCAGGACCUGAAGAGACACAGCGGCGGUUCCGGCAGCGGCGGCGGCGGCAGCAGCGGUGGCGGCAGCAGCGGUGGCGGCAGCAGCGGUGGUGGCAGCAGCGGCGGCGGUGGCAGCGGCGGCGGCGGCACCCAGAGGACGACGGACCAGAGGAUGGACGAUCUGGACUGAGAGAGCCUGACCCACCCAGGGCUGAUGCAGCUUCCUGUUAAGGUUCCCAUGGCACCUACACCGGUACCAAACUCUCAGGACCGGUUCUGACUCACCAGAACCUCCUCAGGUACAAAUAGGUCCAGAUGAAGGCCUGGACGGAUCCGUCUCUGGGCUUCAGAACCGGACAGCAGGACACCAGAGUACACUUCAUCUGAGUCUGGCUGUUUCCACACCUGAUGGUCCGGUAGACCCGGUUCUACUGGAAAUCAAAAUGCUACAUUUGCUACAUUUUCAGCUGGUUUGGUUCUUUCAAACUGAACUGGGUCAAACAAUCCAAACUAGCUGAAAACCUGUUCCCCUCCUGGCCUGUGGGGGCGCUGAAGGAAACGACACUAAAGACACUGAGCAAAACUUCCUUCUUCACCAAAAGGAACCAGAUGGAAAGAUGUCAGAUUAUAUCGGUUAUUAGUCUUUGGCUAAAGACCAUGAGUCGUUUCUCCUGCUAGCGCUGGCUAGCACGUUUGUUUUGGUUGUAUUACCCAGAAUGCCCUGCGCCGUAGUCCACUUCCUGCUUGUGGAGCCGUCUGCAGCCCGCUUGGCGUUCACAUUCGAACCGAAUCCAGACCGAGGAUUGAUGACGCAUUCUCACCUCCCCAAACGAACCGUACUUUGACUAGGCCAAUGGACUGGAUUCGGAUUGAAGCGGAUUAAACAGGGCUGGUGUGAAUUCAGCACAAGAUUACAGCGGAUUACAAACAGAGCACCAAAACCUGAAGAACAAAACUAUUUAUUUACCCAAACAAACACGGAUCUGUGAAAACUAUGCAGUAGAUUUAUUUAUUUUUCUAGCCUGUUAGCUUAGCAUAGCUUAACUGUAUACAACUCAAUUUUUAUCACCGCUAUGCUAAAUUACUUACCAAGUGAAAAUGAAUGAAACAUUAUAGACUGUCUAAUUAAACAACCGUUUAAAUACCUCCUUUUCUCAUCUAUGAAGUUUUAAUUUGAUUAUUUUUAAUCAUUAUUUACAUCAACCCACCAAAUGGGACUAAAGAUAUAAAAUACAUGAGCUGUAAUUUCAUGCAUUUGCAUGUAAAUGUUCAUUAAUAUGUAAUGUCCCAUUUUAUAAAAAUAAACUUGAAACAAUCAACAAAA